UUAGCCCAGGGAGGAAGGGGACAGAAUGACAGUAUGGUUAUAUCAAUGGUCCGAUUCUUGGUUCCAACCCUUGAUUGUCCUAUGAGAGCACCACCCAUUCCUUACAACACAUCUCUCCUCUUCAUUUUGGGAGUUUUGAAGUUAUUAAAGUUAUUGACUUCUUUUCCUUACAACCAAAAUAAUCUAAAUUAAGACUGUGGUCAAGCUUGGAUUAAAACCCGCCUCCUGGCUCCAAGACCCGUGUUUUUCCAUCAUGCUGACUGGCAGCAAAGAUGUCUCCCCAUGGAUUUUUCAGAACUCUGUUCUUUAAAUGUGACCUUGGAUACACCAAACAAACUCAUGCCAUCCAAAGGUUGGAGGGACUGCCUAGUUUUAGCAAUGAAAGUCCCACGUCACGGGAAACCUCUCAGUCCUGGACAAAUCAAGAUGACAUUUUCUAUGCAUAUGCAAGCAUGUCACCAGGAGCAGAGCACAGAGGGACAACACAGCUUUUGCCCUUCCAGCUGGCUCCCAUCAAGAAGUUAGAAGGGAGCCUGCAAACACAUUUCCUGCUAUCAUCUUUCCACCCCAGAGUGACUUUCCCUGGUAGAGCUGGGGGAGGGGAGGCAGGCAGCAGGCCCCCCAGGAGGCCCUGGGCAGGAAUAUUAAUACCCCAACUUCCUAGCACAAGAGGAGGGAGGAGGAGCAGCCACGGCGCAGGGGCCCUGGAAGGUGGUUGCUGAGCAGCCGGUGGGAGGCACGGAUCCGCCAGCUCACGGCGGCAGGGGCCGCCCAAGUCCUAAUGAAAACAUCUAGCUCCUGGCAGGGCGCAGCCGACACAUCGCCCGGCCUUCUCGGCCACCUGGGAGAGGACGGGCCCGCGUAUACCCAGCCUGCCGGGUUGUGCGCGCAGUGACAUCGCUUUUCUCCUGGCAGGUGCAUCCAUCUCGCUGGGUCUGGAUAGAUAAUACAAUCUCUCUGCCCACACCCCAUUUGCUGGGAGACAGCCUGGGCUUCUCCAUUUUUUAUGGGCUUACUUAGCUUGGAGGAAAUCCAGAGGUCAAAGCCGGCGCAGACGCUCCAGUCACCUUGCCCGUCCGGGCGCACAGCCCUUCCGAAACGGGCUCACCCACGGGGCCCUAAAUUACGGCGAUUACACUGCAAUUCGCAGCGCGAUAUUACUUUGAUACACUACCUGCUGCAGCCUG